AUGCAUCUAUUGACGCAUAAAGCAGCGCACAGAUGUACGCAGUGCGGUAAGACAUUCUCGCGGCCGUGGCUUUUGCAAGGACAUAUGCGAGCCCACACUGGUCAGAAACCGUACGGAUGCGCACAUUGCGGCAAAGCUUUUGCUGACCGGAGCAAUCUUCGCGCUCACAUGCAUACUCAUACCGGUAUGGCCUUCUUCAUCUCGAGCCUAGUAUCAUGUGAAUCCAGCGAGCUACCUUUAUUUUCUGAUUUAACUCCGAAUUUCUGCGCCUGUGAAAAAACAAGCAAUGGAUCACAGAGGUAA